CCAGUACUCAAGCUCAGUUCCUAUGCCCCGUCACAAGACGAGCAGUACAGUGCCUGCUUGACUCUCCGUAAAGUAUUCAAAGGCCGUGUCGAAUGCCUGUUCCUAGGAAGUGCUGCAUUCUAUGCGGCGCCCUGAUUCAGUGCGGAUGGGGUUUCGUCACCGUCUACGCUCUCAUAAGCCAUGACCUGAGAAUACCGGGCCUAGAAGCCCGGCUCUCUGUCCGCGGGUUCAGGUUCCGGCUCGCCGACGUCGCCCACGUCAGCAUCCCAAGGGGGCCGCAUGGCGGCCCGACGGAGUCUGAGAUGGGUAUCGAUCUGAUGCCGUCCGGUAUUACAAGUCACCCGAUUCGGCCAGGUGAAACUCCUGAUAUCCGGGGUUUUCCAUUCCACCCGGCGUGCUGGUACGUCCUGACCAAACGCUUGUCGCCGGGUGACCGGGAGGUGCAGCUACUUUUCGACCUCUGCCUCUCCUUCAGGAAUAACGAGAUCAUGUUGGACUGGGGCCACGACUACGGUGGGACUGUCGGCUAUGACUACGACUCCCGCGUUCUGGGCCCCGGCGAGGAACCCCGUCUCUCAUCAUUGGCUGUCGAUUCCCGCGAUGACGGCGGCCCUGACCCUCUUCACAUCCCCGAACUACGUCGCGCUUUUGAGCGGCGGACAACCGAUAGCAUUUCUGCCACUGAUCUCCCCGCGCCGCGACAGGGAUACGCUAGGCCGGCCGACCGGGAUGCUUUCCAAGCGCUGCCCGUCGAGAUUCUGCAGUCGACUCUCAUCUAUCUCUCGACGCCCGAUGUAGCGGCUGUGAGAAUAGCUUCUCCGGCUUUUGCUAACGUCCAUCUACACGAUAAAUUUUGGAGAUCUCGCUUUUUCCCAGGGCAAGAGUUCGAAUCCGUUUUCGAAGCCCAGCCGCAUCUCCACGACUCUUCGUUCAAGGGUCAGUGGAAGUCGACAUAUUUUGCUGUCCGAGAAUUGCGGCGUUCUCCAGAGCUCCUCAAUAGAAGACGUGUUUGGGACCUGGCUUCCUCUCUUCUGGAUCUACUGUUCAAGGCCGAAAGCGCCAGCUGUGAUGGCAGCCCCGUGCCCUUCUCCCUCGACGACGACGACGACGACGACGACAACUCCUCCUUGUCCAGUGUUGAUAUGGGCUGGAAAACAGCCAGCAGGGCAAAUCCGAUCUCAAAGAGGUGCUUUGUGCCCGGUAAAAGUUCACUAUACAAACGAAUGAUGCCUAUACCUGACGACGCCACGGCUCUCUUUGUUUCUACCGUCGAAAUCCAGGGUCGACAAUAUAUUUCUGGGAUCCGAAUCCAACAUGGGACCGAUGCCUCCGUGAGCCUGGGAUACCAUCGUCCUGGCAAUGAGACGCCGGUGGUCUCCCGCGAGCAGGGAUCGCUUCGCAUCGAGGGCUUCAACCUCGCCCACGAUCAACGUGGAAUCCGCGGCUUGUCUGUCAUAUCAGAGACGAGGAUUUCCUCGGACUGGGUUGGAGAUUUUCAUGGUAUUCCAAAGAGAAGACUUGUCCUACGAGAGCAUGAUGUUGUCAAACAUCUGAAAGGGGGUUUCGACGCACUUAGGCUACGUUCUUUAUCCAUCUCAAAUGGACGGCCGAGUAAUACGGAUGCUGCCGGGCCCAAGAAGUUCGACCACACAACGCUCUGGCACCCUGACUUUCCCGGGCCGCACCUUACAUUCCUAGGAGCCAAGCGUAUCCUGAACCCACAUCCUGGCGAGGAUCUGCCCUUGUCGACCAUGAUAUUCGGCGGUGUUAAAGGAGAAGAAUUGCAGCACGUUCUUGGUAUCACAGUCUGGGUGGACGAGCGCAAUGAUCCAAUCCCGACCGUACUUGCCAUCGACAUCUCUCGUGUAGCAGGCCCGAGUCCCCACCGCUUCGGCUAUACGGACUUGGCCUUGUCGACCGUGUCGUAUAGUCCGAUACAGAAGUUCGAGUUCCCAAUAGACGGCCCUAGCGGUGAGCGUAUCGUCAAGAUGGAAUCAUGCUAUGGGGAUGGCGGUGACUGGUUUGCAGGCUUCCAGGUACUUACUAACUAUAGACGGGCAGCUGUCCUCCCUCCUACAAUAGAAAAACGUUGGUCCCUUGGCAAAUGGAGAACCAAACCCCUUCGCUUCAGUCGUGGUGCGUUUGUUGGCUUUUGGGGGAUGUGGACAUACAACAGGGGCUUUAGCGACUUUGGCGCCAUUUGCAUAGACUCAUCAGCGGAGGCCGACUCGGCAAGGAGGACGGAAAGCUAUGAUAUAGGCGAGAAUAGGGAGGGUUCGGUGAUAGACGCAACCCCAAGUCUCGCAUCGGCGUAGAGUUUAGAUCCUCCGGAAUGGAAGACUUGGUAGGCUACAUGCUGUGUCCAACCAGGACAGUGUCCG